CUUUCACCUCUCCUCGUCACGUCUGCUGCACUCCGCUGGCGGCAUCACCUGGGUCCUUGCUGUCGUUGCUACUACUGAUUCUUUCUGCGAUACCCCUCUCCCUGUACCUACACAUUGCCGUUGUCCCCGACAGCUCCCCUCUCACGAACCUCAUCAUGGCCCAAGACCUCAAAAAGCUUAUGCCCCAGGCGCGCUCCUACAAGUCCGGGCCCUACACAACAGAAGUACCCAACGCACAGAAAGUCGAGGGCGAGACGAUACCGCGCCGCAACUUGGCCGCGAAAGAUGGCCUCCUGCUGACGCCCGCCGAUGGCGUCGAGACACUGUACGAUAUCCUGCGCUACUCGUCGGCCAAAUUCGGAAAUGCAAAGGCAGUGGGUGCGCGCCGCAUCGUCAACAUACACGAGGAGACGAAAAAGGUCAAGAAGAUGGUUGAUGGCACCGAGCAGGAGGUGGACAAGAAGUGGCAGUACUUUGAGCUCAGCCCGUACAAGUAUAAGAGCUUUGUCGAGUUUGAGAAGAUGGCCCUGGCCGUGGGUAGCGCCAUCAAGAAGCUGGGCUUCGGACCGCAGGACAGGCUGCAUUUGUACGCGGCUACGAGCAUGCAAUGGCUGGCUUCGGCCCACGGCGCGCUCUCACAAUCGCUCGCCAUCGUAACCGCUUACGACACGCUCGGAGAAGAAGGCCUGAAGCACUCUAUGCUCCAGACCAACGCAAAGAUCAUGUUCACCGACCCAGAACUAUUACCCAAACUCAUAAACCCCAUGAAGGACGCCAAGGAGAUUCAGGUGGUUGUGUACUGCACCAAGAACGACCCGAAACAGAAAGAUAUCGAUGCUCUUACGAGCGCGCACCCGCAUUUGAAGGUCAUCGGCUUCGAGGAGCUUGUCCAACUGGGCGAGGAGAACCAGGCGGAGCCUAUUCCCCCCAAGGCUGACGAUCUCGCGUGUAUCAUGUACACAUCUGGGUCGACAGGCACGCCAAAGGGCGUCAUGAUCACUCACCGUAAUGUGGUCGCUGCUGUCACUGGCGUCGACGUAAUCGUCGGCAAAUAUCUCGGUCCUGGUGACGUUCUCAUCACCUAUCUCCCGGCAGCACACAUUCUCGAAUUCGUGUUCGAAAACGCCGUGCUCUACUGGGGCGGCACCAUGGGCUACGGCACGAUCCGUACCCUCUCGGACCAAUCUGUGCGAAACUGCGCCGGCGACAUCCGCGAGUUGAAGCCAACGGUUAUGGUCGGUGUCCCACAGGUCUGGGAGACAAUUAAGAAGGGCAUAGUAAGCAAGGUCGAAGCAGGUGGCGCGCUCAAGAGCAAAAUGUUCUGGGGCGCGUACGCAGCGAAGAGCUUCUUGCUGAGCUCCGGGCUGCCUGGCAGUGGAGUGCUAGAUUCCAUCGUGUUCAACAAGGUCAAGGAGGCUACGGGCGGUAGACUCCGGAUCUGCAUGAAUGGCGGCGGUCCUAUUGCAAAGGAGACCCAGCGCUUCAUCUCACUCGCCAUCACGCCUAUGAUCAGCGGUUACGGCCUCACCGAGACUACUGCCAUGGGUGCGCUCAUGGACCCCCUCGCCUGGACCGAAAGUGCCCUGGGCGAAAUGCCUGCUUCCAUCGAAAUGAAGCUCGUUGACUUUGCCGAUGCGGGCUACUAUGCCGCUAGCAAUCCACCUCAAGGUGAGAUCUGGAUCCGCGGCGGCGGCAUCACGAAUGGCUACCUCAACAUGCCCGAAGAGACGCAGGAAAGCUUCACAGAAGAUGGGUGGUUCAAGACGGGCGACAUUGGAGAGUUUGACAGUAAUGGCCUGAUCAAAGUCAUCGACCGCAAGAAGAACCUCGUCAAGACGCUUGCCGGCGAAUACAUUGCCCUCGAGAAACUCGAAUCCGUGUACCGCAGCGCGCCUAUCGUGGCCAACAUCUGCGUCUAUGCCGCCGAAGACCGCCAGAAACCUGUUGCUAUCAUUGUGCCCGCGGAGCCCGCACUCAAGAAGAUUGCUUCUGCCGAGGGCGUCAAGGGCGACCAUCUGGAGGAGCUGGUGCAUGACAAGAAGAUCAACAGCGCGGUGCUGAAGCAGUUGCAACAGGCGGGGCAGAAGGGAGGCCUCGCUGCGUUCGAGAUGAUUGAGGGUGUUGUGUUGGCGGAUGAGGAGUGGACGCCUCAGAAUGGCCUUACGACUGCUGCGCAGAAACUGAACCGCAGAGACAUCCUCAAGAAGUAUCAGAAGGAUGUUGACCACGCCUAUGGCCGAUCGUAGUCGAUUCCUUUACUUGGUCAUGGGAUGGCAAAGAUUUUGACAACAGGAAUGGCGCGGUGUGUUUGUCAGGCCGAGGAAUUUCGCUCUCAGCUUAACGUGUAUCAUGG